ACGAGAGAGAGCCCAGAUCCCUCCAAUUGACACAUAGUAAGCAUAGGGAGCUGCUGGCACGACGCAUCCAUCCAUCCAUCCAUCGGAUCACCGGACACUCAACACCAUGACGUUGUCGCCCCCUUUGAAACAGAAUGAACAUGGCCUACUCAUGCCUAGGCAGGAGCCACAGAAUACAGAAUGCCGGUCACCUACCCAGCUGAAAGUGAUGAUAACAGAAGCGUCGCCGUCAUCAAUUGGCACGGGCUCCGCAAGAUCAGACUCGGUGGCAGAGAGAGAUGCUGUUGAACUCAGCAAUACACCCAACCACGCUGCAGACCAGGGGCAUCCGGAUAAUCGAGAGGAGGAGGUGAAGUGCAGAAUAGAAGAACAUAUGUCCCCUUCUCAUGAUAGGCAUCAGACAGAACUCUCUCACACUCCGCAGUCGAAGAUCUCCCUUAAAUUUAAGCAUUCCGUGUCAACUAAUUGGUUACCGUCCAUGAGGAAAAAAUAUCCAGCUACUGGGGAAAACCCGGUACUUGUGGAGACGGAGAAGGAAUAUGACUCUUACCUACUAGAGAAAGCACAGAGAAACGAUAAUACUUUGGGAAAACAAACAAAUUCUAAAGGCUUCUUUCCCAAAAAGUCAGCAAAACGUAUAUCUUUGGGGCAUACUUCGUUGAUACCCAAAAGAUUCUCGCUUAAUCACCAAGCACAUUCCCAAGUAAAGGUUGAUGGCACACUUGGAGCAGCUGCUACUUUUUCGUCGCAGUCGAGUGGAAAGAAAUCCAACGCCAAAUCACCCACUAUUAAAGACUCCAAAAACUUAGCUAGCCUUCCUCCGUCGAUAUCUCCUCUUCCGCUAUCUCCAAAUACUUCGGCAGCUAAUAACACAACUCCUAUGAUGCCUUCCAGCCCCACAUCAAUUUACCAAGCAGCUCCAUAUCGACAAGCUUUAGACAGAAACACAAGCUUUAGCUCUUCCACUCCUUCUGAGAAAAGCACCAUUGGAAAAUCUUUAAACGCCUUUAAGCGUACCACCAAAUCCAUUCUCUUUCUGGAAUCGAACUCUAACGGCUCAGCAUCGCAAUCUUCUGGUGCUAACAACUGCAACUACAACUACAACUAUAACUACAACUUGAACAUAGUAGACUCUCCACUCUUGAAUAGGGGCAACAGCGAAGAAUUGUCCGUAAUACGUCGCUCGAUCUCUUACACUGAAGCUGAAAGGAAGCAAGCUAUCUUCUAUGCAGACAACUCCCGUGAAAUAACUCGAAGAAACAUAGGAUAUGACUCUCCAAUUAAGGCUUGCACUUAUGACGAUAGCGAUCCCAAUUGUGAAUGUGAUGAAACCAGUGUCAGUGAUAAUGACAGCAAUAGCAUUGAAGGAAAUGACAGUGAUGAUAUUGAACCCUCCUCUAUUAGAAAACAUAAAAAUAAGCCCAUGCCAAAAGACAAACGCCAGACUAGUAAAACCCUGGCACAAUAUAGACAGCGGUCUAAAACAAUAGACAACUCUAAUAAUCCAUUGGCGGAACUAGCAAAUAACACUAAUACGGGCCUUUUGAGCUCACUCACAAAUUUUGUAAAGAUCAACAGGAGUUCGGUAUCUACAUCUUCAUCUGCCGUUAAAUUGAAUAAAAUCUCUCAGCAAUUGCCUAAACUUGACCAUUUAGAGGUGAUUGAAGCAGAAACUCCUGCUGAGUUUUUGUCCCGUUUACUUUGCAUUUAUCCUUUAACUUUUGUCUGUGAGGUUUUAUCUUCCGAAGACAACGAAAUUUUGAAGCAAACCUUACAAGAGUAUUUAAAGACUUACUACGAUUUCUCAAACGUGCCUUUGGACAUUGCCUUACGUACUUUUUUGAUGUUGAAUCACCUACCCAAAGAAACCCAACAAAUUGAUCGUUUCAUAUAUCAGUUUGCAAAAUACUACCACAGCCAGCAUCCUGAACUGGGAUUUGACCAAGAUACCGUAUACAUUUUGACUUAUUCUUUGAUCAUGGUCCACACAGACAAAUUCAACCCCAACAACAAAAGAAAAAUGACGAGAUUUGAGUUUGUCCAGAAUGUCCUGAGCGCUCUUGAAAACAACUACAAUUCUUUCUCUAAUUCCAAUGAGUUGACAAACUUAAUUUUGAAGGAAUUGUUAGGAUACUUUUAUGAUAACAUAACAUAUUGUCCUUUGAUCAAGAUAUCUCAAGAGCAAAGUGUUUUUGCCUUGGAAGCUUUGACAUUGAAAGCUUUUCCAUUCCCAUAUCCGAACAUUACGUUUUUGAAUUCUUCUACUACUGGUAAGAACUCAGAUCAUGAUUAUAGAAAGGCUUCCGUUUCGUCGUCAUCGAUGAGUAUUCCAUCAUCGUCCACCUCUACACACAGAUCAAACUCGCAGCAGGUAUUACAAGCUCAGCAGCCUAUUAGAAAAAAAAGCAGUUCUUUUCUUUGGAGCUCCACUUCUACCAUGGAUCCAUAUGACUACAUUGUAAAGAAUGAUACAGGGGUAUUCAAUGAGUUGAAAUUUUUGGCUAACGAAAAAGAUUUAAAUCUAACAUGCCAAAAUCCUUUUAUUUUGCCAAGUACAACUGAGGUUGAUAAUGCUUUGGAUGAAAAAUCUCCUACCAGUGACAUGAUUGGCCAACAAUUGAAUGAGUAUGGAUCGUUAAUGGAUAGGGAGAUAGAUCCUGAAUUCUUGUGCCAUAUUUGGAAAUCCCUGACGGAUAGCAGAAUUGGGUUUACGCUUAAAGUUCCGAAGGAGAAAGGCUCCUACUUAGUUUCUAGUAAAACCGAGGCUAUCCCAUUGAAUGAAGCCGAUGGAAAAGAAUUUUACUUGACUCGUGUAAUAAAAGUCGGCUUAAUAGAUAGGCAAGAAAACUCGGCUUCUCAGAACGAUCCGACUUCUACACCCGUACCGACCCAAGAAUUAGCAGAGCUGUCUAUCAACAAUGAUAUCAAAAAUUCGCAUGCUAAGUCACAGCUUAUCAACAAAUACAAAAAUACAGUCUGGAAAAGAUACUUUUGUAUUUUAACUGUGGUUGGUAUGUUUUUUUUCAAAGAUGUUUCAUCUUUCCGAAUGAAGUUUUGUGGCAGGAAUGACACUGAUGGAACUAAAAUGGUCAUAAUUGAAGAGUCAUCUAGGAUUAAACCUCAGUUUGAGUCAUUUUCCACCCUCGCAAACGGGAAUUCCAAUACUGUUAGCAACGGCAGUUCCAACUCCGACUCUAGCGGAUUUAUUUCUUUCCCCCAUUUUAGAUCUGAGAAGAGUGAUAAGUUUGAAAAAAUAGAAAAAGAAAAAUCGGAGUCAGUUCUACCUUCAUUUGUUAUGAGCAACGGUUCCUUCGCAGUUAGGAAGCUGGAGAAUAUAGAGUACGAUGAAAUAAUCAAUGAUAUGAAUACCUCAACUGUAGUCACUACACCUCAAAGUACUUCAGAAUCUUCAGCUUUCAAUUCAGUACCCUCAGUUUUAAGUGUUACAACGGGUGUUUCACCAAAACUCUCAGCACAACUACCACAAAUUAGGAAUUUCCAAUCAUCUGUUCCUGAAGUUAAUGUGCACCAGAUUUCUGAAGGUGUGAUGGAUCCAGCAUUAGAUACACAACCAAAGAAAAAGAACAUUGUCAAUCCGGAGACAUGGAAAUACACAUUUUUUAUAUAUGGCAGGAUGUCAAGAAACAUUUUUAUGGUUUCUUCUUUAACGGAGUUGAAAUCGUGGAUUCACAGCAUUAAUGUUAUGAGUGUGUUGAAUGGAGUGAAAGUUGAUCACAAACCACUUGACUACCAUAUAAUUCCCAAAAUUUAUUCUUCAAAAUGCAAUGAAGCUGAAGGUGAACCAAAAUACUACGAGGUUACACCCCAAUGCAAUAUCAGUAUUGAACAGAGGUUUGCUCAUAGGGCUUCUGAUGAUUUACUCUCAACAGAUGAAAGAGACGAAGGUUCAGAAAGUUUUGAGAGCGGGAAGAAUGAUGUUCAAGUGGAUAUAAAUAAUGAUAGAAGACGGAAUAGGAGUAGUACCACAUUUCUGAGUAAACUCGCUCCUUCCAUGCCUGCAUUGGGAUUAGGACUAAACAACGGCUCUAGUAAAAUUGACAGCGAGAAGAAGACCAAACUGCAGGAUGUGGAUAAGUUUAGUGAUAAUUUCAGUUCCGACUCUGACAGUAAUCAAGAUUAUGCGACUGCAAGUUUAAAACCGUCUUUUAUUUGUGAAGAUAACAACAGUGAAAGUUAUCUCAAAGAGGGUGCCCAAACAAAUUCAAAUGAAAGUGGUGCAUAUAAACAUGAAAUUACACAGGGGGAUCUUGAUUUCAAAGAAGAAGAUACCUCAGAAUUUAACACUUCCGAAGUUCCCUCUAAAAGCAGCUCCGCUAAUUCAAAGAACUUUCACCAGUAUCUGCUAAAGCAUCUUUACAGUGUCAAGCGCUUGACACUGACUAUGCCUUUACAGAAGAAAACAAGAGAAGAUAUGUUAUCCACAGCGAAAAUUCUUGGAGUCAAACUGGAAUGGUUAUGGUAUGAAAAAUGUCGCUCACAGACUAUAUCUGUGAUAUCAAAAAGGAUUAUGGUACUAAACGAGAACUCUAGUGACAGGGUGUUAUUUGAAAGCUAGUGUGUUCAUUAUUGGUGGCAUUAAUGAAUAUGAUCCAGUGAGAGUCAUACACAGUAAAUAAACAUUUGGUUGGUUUUUUAGUUUUUUUACUUCUUAAACGUCUAAAAAGAAAUUUAUAGAAGAAAAGUUAUCAAUAUACAUGGAUUUAGUUAGCAGAACUUUAAUUGCUGAUACCCUUCUUUUUCUGUUGAUAGAAGUUGUCCGAUCUGGAGACCCCUACGUUGAGUACUCUCGGACAGCCGUCUCGAUCUCGUUCCAAGAGACAACAUUGAGUGCAGUAAUAAGCAUCGUGCAUAGCUUCACCUGGCUUGGCAGCAUUCCCACAUAUGAUACAUGUGUCGGCAAGAGAACCGAAGGAGCAGUCAUCGCAGACACGGACAACGUGCUGGGGAUUCACGUAGGAAUCGCAGGUGGGACAUCGGCCGUCGCAUUUUGAGCAUAACACUCCCACACGUGUUCCCGGGAGUCUCGAGCAAACAACCAAGUCAAGCUGGUGG